AUGCGUAGAGAUGCGAUGCCCUUAGAAAUCCAAUACCAACCAAUAAAUCUUAUAGUCGUACGGUUCGUUGGAAAUGAGUUCCCUCGAGAAGCGGCUAAUCUCCACCGUUUAAAUGCGAUUACUGUACGUCUCGGAUACCCGUUAAUGCUAGCGGCUAACUAUGCAGCUAUCUGGCUGUUAACUUUGAUAUGUGCGCAGAGAUUCCAGGCGAUCUGUCACCCAUCUAAUCCGUGGAAAUUGCGAUUAACAUGUAUACGCAGAAGUAAAGGAGCAGUUACUGUAGUAGUGGGAGCUGCGUUAGUACACAUGAAGGAAACUAAUCUUUUACUAGGAUUGAACGUGAUUCGCUUUUGGGAAAUGGAAUGGCAUGCGGACCAUGGUGGAAUUGUGAGCUCAGGAUUACGGUAUGUUACAGUUGGGCCAAAAGGAGCUAUUUGCAAUCGUAACCUUUUCAUAUAAAG